CAUCAGCAGGCGCGGGGUCUCGUGUGUUCGGAGCUCAGAGGUGAACGCGCUGCGUUCAGGUGUGUUCGGAGGAGUUCAACAUGUUAAAGGUGCUUCAGGUGAGUGUCGGCCGGUCGGUGUGGAGAGGACUCUGUUUCUUCGGCCGCCGUGUCCCCGCUGCGGGUCGUGCGGGGUCCCUGCCGGGCUCAGAGGCCGCGGCUAGUCGAGGUUUGAGCCGGCGGCUCUGCAGCAGAUACGGGGGGGCAGGCCGGACCUGCACGGUGGACCCGAACCAGGAGGAGCAGUUCGUCUUUCUGGACUGUACAGAUCCAGAGGAGGAGCACCAUCAGGAGGACAGACACCUCUCCUCCUCCUCCUCUGCUGCUCCCAAAGGACACCACAGCUCUCCUCCUCCUGGAUCUCCGGCCAGUCGUCCUCGGGCUCCUCCUCAGAGACACCUGAGGACUCUGGAGCGACAGCUGCAGGUGUUGAGGGGCGUGGCCCAAAAGGAGGCGGAGCCAGACUCUCUCAUCCAGUUCCAUGACAUCGACUUCCCGCUGGACGAUCACGUCGAUGCAGCAAAGACAAAAAGGAAGACGAAGAAGAAGACGGGGAAAGGUGAGCAUAAGGUGUUCGGCACCCCGGAUGUGGAUGUACCGGUCAGUGACACCUGCUGCUCAGGCUGCGGUGCCGUCCUGCACUGCACUGCCACCGACAUCCCUGGAUACCUGCCCAGCGAGAAGUUCAAAGUUCUGCUGCAGGAGGAGCGUCUGGGCGGAGCCACCUGCCAGCGGUGCCACCUGCUCACCCACCACCAGAAGGCCCUGAGCCUCCACAUGUCCUCAGACCAGUACCGGACCGUGGUGCAGCAGAUCCGCCCUCUCAAGGGUCUGGUGCUGCUCAUCGUUGACCUGCUGGACGUCCCCGACUCCAUCGUUCCCGACCUACCCGAGCUGGUGGGGACCAACAAACACAUAGUCGUCCUCGGCAACAAGAUCGACCUGCUGCCGGCGGACUCGCCCAACUACCUGCAGCGAAUCAAACGGCAGCUCUCUCAGUACUGUCAGGACGCCGGGUACGGUGGUCAGGUGACCGACGUCCACCUGAUCAGCGCUAAGACGGGGUACGGCAUUGAGGGUCUGAUCACCAGCCUGCAGAAGUCCUGGAGGUACAAAGGGGACGUGUACCUGGUAGGCAGCGCCAACGCCGGGAAAUCGACACUCUUCAACACGCUGCUCGAGUCUGACUACUGCAAGUCUAAAGCCUCCAACGUCAUCCACAAGGCCACCAUAUCACCGUGGCCUGGGACGACUCUGAACCUCCUGAAGUUUCCCAUCAUCAACCCGACUCCGUACAGGAUGUUCAGACGGCAAGAGCGACUGAAGGAGGCGUCGACACAGACGGAGAACGAGCUGUCGCCGGACGAGCUGAAGAGGCUGAAACACUUCAGCAAGCAGGGAUACCUCGUAGGUCGUGUUGGCAGAACGUUCCGGUCUGACGUCGGGUCCAGAUGGGAUGAGAUUGAGUUUGAUCCCGACAGUUUGGCUUUUGGAGAAAACGAUGACGGAGAGGUGACGAGAAAAGAUCCCAGCAGGUCAUCUGAUGAGUUCACCUUGAACGAGCUGAAAGACGCUCACUGGCUGUUCGACACACCAGGAAUCAUAAAGGAGCGCGAUAUCCUCAGCCUGUUGACAGAACAGGAAGUGAUGUCAGUGGUUCCCUCUCAGGCCGUCAUUCCUCGGACGUUUGUGUUGAAGUCCAGUAUGAGUCUGUUUGUGGGAGCGCUGGCGAGGAUCGACUUCCUGCAGGGACAGAAGUCCUGCUGGUUUUCGGUCGUGGCCUCCAGUCGUGUCCCGGUUCACAUCACCAGUCUGGAAAAAGCCGACAGUGUUUACGAGAAACACGCGGGACGCGUCCUGCUGGGGCGGUGCCUUCAGGUUCCUCUGGGAGGCUCGGAGCGGAUGAAGCAGUUUCCGGCACUGGUUCCUCAGGAGUUCAGGAUGGAGGGUCGAGGUUACCUGGAGGCUGCUGCUGACAUCAAAUUGUCGUCUGCAGGUUGGGUGGCUGUGACGGCAGCACCGGGUGAUCAGCUGUUGUUGAGGGUUCACGGUCCGGAGGCGGCACGUUUCAGUGUGAGGACGCCGCCGCUGCUUCCUCACGUCGUCUCUCUGAAAGGAGAACGCGUCCGAAAAUCUGCCGCCUACAAAACCGUGAAACCGCCGGGGCUGCUGGACAGCGGGCUGUCGGCCCGCGGGGCAGAGAGGCUGCAGGUGAAGAGGAAGAAAUGAACAGACAGCUGGAGACAGGUGUGAGGAGCUCGUUUCCACGGUGACGAGGAGGACACGGGUUUGUGAUACUGACAGUCGUGGUGCCUCCUGUCCACCGGUCUGGACUCUGCAGGUCGAAGGUUUAAGACUCCACCCUGAUGCCACUGAUGUGUGUGUGUGUGUGUGUGUGUGUGUGUGGACUCCACCAGGCCUCAGGAUGCUCCGCCCCUCUGUGUGUGUGUAUAAACUGCCCUGAAUGUGACGAGUGGAUUUAUUAAGGACGACCAGACGGACACACAGACACAAAUGAUUAAUGAGUUGAUUUUGAAAAUCUUUAUUUAAAAAAAGAGCAGAACAAAGUAUGGUACAGAUGAACUGAACUUUAAUUGUGUGUCUCUGUUAGCUUGAGGAGAAUAAACAAUGAAGAGCUGCAGACAAACUAACCCAAUGACUUCAGUUGUGUCGUUACUGGAGGACAAGUUUGUUUUCAGUCCCGUUGCUUAGUAACCGAUGAUCCGCCAACAAGACUAAAUCCUCUUUUUUCUCCUUAAGAAUAAAGAUGGUGUUAUUUUAGGUU